CGAGCCGAGCCGGUCGGCGCCCCGCGCCAUGGCGAGUCCGUCGCAGUGGCUGGAGGAGGGCGCCGGGCGCUGGUCGCCGCGGCCGCCCGGGCCGUACAGCGAGGCGCAGCGGCUGGCGCUGGAGGAGCUGGUGGCGGGCGGCCCCGAGGCGCUGCGCGCCUUCCUGCGGCGGGAGCAGCUGCCGCCGUUCCUCUCGGAGCCCGAGGUGCAGGCGAUCGCGCGGGGCGCGCUGCCGCCUGCCGCGGCCCCGGAGCCGGCGGCCGAGCCCUUCGCCGGCGCCUCCCUCGACGCCUCGUCGCUCACCUACUUCCCCGAGCGCUCGGACGUGGAGCCGCCCGCCCUGGAGCUGGGCUGGCCGGGCUUCGCCAGCGGCGCCUUCCGCGGGCUCACGCGGGUCGAGGCGCACUUCCAGCCCGGCUGCGGGGACAGCAUCUACGGCUGCAAGGAGGCGGUGCGGCGCCAGAUCCGCUCCGCGCGGCAGAUGAUUGCCCUGGUGAUGGAUUCCUUCACAGACACUGAUAUCUUCAAAGAUCUCUUGGAAGCUUGUAGCCAGCGGCAAGUUAAAGCCUAUAUCCUUCUAGAUCAGUCUUCAUUUUCCCACUUUCUAAAAAUGUGCAAGGAUCUGGGAGUUGACCUUGAACAGGAAAAGUUGAUGAGAAUUCGAAAUAUCACGGGGAACACAUACUACACAAGGUCGGGUGCCAAAAUUGUUGGAAAAGUCCGUGAGAAGUUCAUGUUAAUCGAUGGCAUUAGAGUGACAACAGGCUCCUACAGUUUCACGUGGACAGAUGGGAAGCUGAACAGCAGUAACAUUUUGAUCCUGUCAGGUCCUGCAGUUGCACACUUUGACCUGGAAUUUCGGAUUCUUUAUGCACGGUCAAAGCCUAUCAACCUCAAAGAGUUAUCCAGCUGCAGGAAGAAUAAGGUGUUGGACCAGGUGGUCAGUAUAACAGUGGCUUCCAGAGACUUGACCAGAAUGGAGUUUUUGUAUCUUAGAGCGUUUGUAGGGAAUCUCAAAAGGAAGCGAAGCUGGCUGCAUGCCUCGAGGGAGGCCGUCUACGUGUCAAAUAAUGCAAUGCAUGCCUCUCCUCCACUGACUAAGAGGAAUGGUUCCCUAGUUAUGAGGCCACAUUGGAUCAUAGAGAGAUGAAUUGCACGUUCACUCAGUGCGAGAAGCAGAACCUCAGGAACCACAUCCAGUUGUCCAUGUCCAGUGCUGUCUCACAGAAUGUCCGUGAGAGCAGCUGGGAAACAAACCUUGAACUGAGAGAAGUGAUCCUGGCAUUGUGGGUUCGUUCAAAGACCACUAUAAUGCAGAUCAACACAUGCAGUUAGGGUAUUGUCUUCAGCUCAGAUGUGUUUUUGGAAAAGAAACAAAACCCCUCUUAACACCUGGAAAGCCAUUAUUGACUUCUAGUA